GACGUCACUCGCUCGAAUGGCUGGGAAAAAGAAGCGCGAGAUAGAAACUUGGGCGCGCAGCAAUACAUGUUCAGCUGUUGGGUCGCGCGGCGCUUUUAUAUGAAAGCGUUGACUGUAUUUGAUCGACCAUCUCAUUAACAUCAUAGAUGUUUUUGCGUUUGUAUGCUGCAUGCACAGCGUCCUCGUAAAGUCUGUUUUAUUGGUGCAUUUGAACAAACUUUAGGGAAAUGUUGCGGUGGACGCGCGGUGAGGACGAGGACGAGGCCAUGUGUCAGGACACAGACUCUGAUGUGGCUGACCAGAAGGAUUGUGGGAAAGUGAAGGUCAAGUGGACACAAGAGGAGGAUGAUAAGCUGCGGAAAUUAGUGCUAAACUCUGGACAAAAUGAUUGGAAAUACAUCGCUGGCUUUUUAUCUAAUCGAUCCGAGCAUCAGUGUCAGCAUCGCUGGUUCAAAGUUUUGGAUCCUGAUCUCGUCAAAGGACCCUGGACAAAGGAGGAGGAUGAAAAGGUGAUUGAGCUGGUGAAGAAGUACGGCAACAAGCAGUGGGCGAUGGUGGCCAAGCACCUGAAGGGCCGUCUUGGGAAGCAAUGCCGAGAGCGCUGGCACAAUCACCUCAAUCCAGACGUCAAGAAGUCUUCCUGGACUCCAGAGGAAGAUCUCAUCAUCUACAAGGCUCACUGUGUGCUGGGCAACCGCUGGGCCGAGAUCGCCAAACUGCUCCCUGGAAGAACGGACAAUGCUGUCAAAAACCACUGGAACUCCACUAUCAAGCGUAAGGUAGAGACGGGUUUCUACGCCGGCGUGGACGCGACGCUUCAUGUGCUGCAGCAGACGGAGAGUGAAGAGCUGGUGUCUGAGGAGGUGGAGUUCUGCUUUGAUGGAGCCAGCGAGGGCUUACCGGGCGACGUCCUGAAGAGGGAUCCGGAUGCUCAUGAGAAAGUCACCAAAACCGCAUCUCCCAAGACACCGAAGGCUGCAGCGAGCCCCAAAAGUGAAGGUGGAGACUCUAAUGUGUCGACGUGGGUGAUGGACAGCUCGGGGUUCCUCUCUCCAUCAGCGGCUCCCACACUAAAGGAGGUGAUGGAGCUGAUGGAUGGGGAUCUGGAGGGCUGGUGUACGAUGUCGGACUUCGAGCUGCCGGAGGAGAGCCAGAGCCCCGAGCUGCUGCAGUUUCGUCUGGAGGGCAGCACCCUGCAGGAGCUCAGCAAGGGCAGCAAAGGGGAGCUCAUCCCCAUCUCACCCGGCGGGGCGACGCCUCCGUCCAUCCUGAGCCGCCGCAGUCGCCGCCGCAUCGCCCUGUCACCUGACCCCAACGACUCCAUGACCCCCAAGAGCACACCGGUCAAAAUCCUGCCUUUCUCCCCUUCACAGUUUCUUAAUAUGUGGACCAAGCAGGACACGCUGGACCUGGAGAAUCCCUCUCUGACGUCGACUCCUGUUUGCAGCCAGAAGGCCAGCGUCACCACACCCCUGCACCGCGACAAAACCCCGCUCACGCAGAAGGAGAACUCCCUCUUUAUCACACCAAAUCACAAGUCUGACCUGGAUACGACUCCUCGAACCCCCACUCCAUUUAAAAACGCCUUGGAGAAAUACGGCCCCCUGCGGCCCCUGCCUCCGACUCCAAAUUUGGAGGAAGACCUUAAAGAAGUGUUGCGCAGCGAGGCAGGAAUUGAGCUGAUAGUAGAAGAUGAAACUCCUACAGAGAAGAAACGCAAACAAGUGCACCGGCCGCCGAUGAAGAAAGUGCGCAAGUCUCUGGCUCUGGAUGUCAUUGACUGCAGUGAGACUGCUGCUGCACGAAAGCAGCAAAUUAAAUACACCGUCAAAACAAGUGAGAAGGCUCAGAUGGCACGCUCGCUCUCUCUCGUCUCCUCUUGUGGAGUGAAGAAGGAAGAGAACGUCUUGGAUCAAGGGUUUAUUCUUGGCCCGAAUGAGAGCGGGCUUCCCUCUAAACCUGCGCCUCUCACACUGAAACAGAGUCCUCCGUUACCUAUGUCUCCAGCCUGGGAAGCCGUUGUCUGUGGACGGACGAAGGACCAGCUGAUCAUGACGGAGAAAGCACGGCGGUACCUCCGCUCUUUAAAAUCUCCCGCACCAAACCGAGCGCUCAUACUCUCCUGAUCCCACGUCCAGCCCCAGUGCAGCUCUGGAUCGGAUUCUACAAAGCAUAAUGUGUACAAUAUGUUGAUUUAAAAAAAAAAUAUGUAAAUGUCAUGUAGAAUAUGAAUCCAAUUACUGUUCCAGAAUAGACACUUUAAUGCUGAUAUUGCUCUUGUCCUGUUUUCUGUGGCACAUUCAGAAUACCACCUGACAACCCUGUAUGAUAAGUGUGAUGCUGUUUUUGUAUUUAUGUAUUGUCCAGCUGUUUCUGAUGUGGCCGAGCUGAGUUAAUGAUCAGGUUGCUGUUCAGGAAUCCUAGUGGCGUUUUAUACUCAGUUCUUCAUAUCUGUAAGGAUAUCUGCUAGACUCGGCUCAUGUGAUGUAUAUACAGUCAGUGUAUUAAAAGAAAUAGGUUUGACAUUUUUCCUAGCUUUAAGUUGGUCAAAAUGUUACACAUCUAGACGUUUCGUAAAAUAGCAUUUAGGACCUUAAGCUAGGGCUUUAAUUCAGUGUGCAUAAAAACUUAUUUUACAAAAAAAUAAAGUAAGCUAUUGUAUGCUACAAAAGAAAAAUUAACCAACCGUUGACUGUCUUGAUGGUAACAUUUAGACCAUGUAUUUCUGUGUAACUAGCAUUUUCAAAAAUAAUUGUGUAACUAUUUCAAUUUUGCUGAAAUGUAAUUACCUUGUCCUUUGGUAAAAGCUGUAUGUUUGGCUACUUGUAUUUAAAGUUGAGAUGGAUGUGGUGCAGUUUUAUCUGGUUGUGUGCAGAAUUGAUGGCA